AUGUCUCAAGCAGUCGAGGCUCCACUCGAGGCUAACGGCUCACAGUCAGGAGAAACGCCUGGGGCUGAGCUGAGAUGGGCUGCCCUGCUUAUCGUCAUGGUUAUCAUUCCAACUAUUGGAGGAAACAUCCUGGUCAUUCUUGCAGUGUCACUUGAAAGAAAGCUGCAGAAUGCCACCAACUACUUUCUGAUGUCGCUUGCUGUGGCUGAUCUGCUGGUGGGACUCCUAGUGAUGCCCAUUGCCCUCGUCACUGUUCUCUACAACUCUGACUGGCCUCUUCCCGAGCCCCUUUGCCCCAUUUGGCUGUUCCUUGAUGUGCUGUUUUCAACUGCAUCGAUCAUGCACCUAUGCGCCAUUUCACUGGAUCGCUACAUUGCCAUCAAGAAGCCAAUCCAGCACAGCCAGUACAAAUCCAGAGCCAAAGCAAUGGUGAAGAUUGCACUGGUGUGGCUCAUAUCCAUUGGUAUCGCAAUUCCAAUUCCGAUUAAGGGGCUCCAGAACUACCAUCUUCCCAACAAUGUCACCUUCAACAGUAACCACACAUGCCUGCUGAAAACAGACACCUUCCGGGAGUUUAUCAUGUUUGGCUCCUUGGCGGCAUUCUUCAUCCCUCUGACCAUCAUGAUGGUCAUCUACCUGCUUACUGUCCAGGUGUUGCGCAAAAAGGUUUAUCUGCUCAGGUCAAGGGUGUCUCAGCGCUUUAACUCUCCUACAGUCUCUACAGUUUUUCAAAGAGAACAGGCUGGGUCUCCACCUCAAGCUGAGCAACUUAGCAUGCUGGAUAGCAGAUUUCCCAGAAUGCAUGAAAAACCAUAUGCAGGUACAACAAACUCUCCUACAGGUGAAGAGAGGUCCUUUCGGAGAAUGUCAACAAUGGGCAAGAAGUCAAUGCAGACUCUGAGCAAUGAGCAACGUGCCUCAAAGGUGCUAGGCAUCGUCUUCCUCCUGUUCGUAGUCAUGUGGUGCCCUUUCUUCAUCACCAAUAUCUCCUCUGUGCUAUGCACCAGCUGUGAUGUUCAUGUAAUUGCACGGCUCAUGGAGAUCUUUGUUUGGGUGGGCUAUGUGUCAUCUGGCAUCAACCCGUUAGUCUACACUCUAUUCAACAAAACUUUCAGGCAAGCGUUCACGCGUUAUAUCACGUGUAAUUACGAAAACCCUGCCAGUCAAGGGGGCGAAAGGCACCGAAGGGCUUCAAAUGCAGAUCGCACCCUGACAAGGAUUUCAUCAUUUCAUUUCAGAUCUUCGAUGGCAGAAAACUCUAAACUGUUCAUGAAACGGGGAAUGAAGAAUGGCAUUGGAGCAGUUAGCUACCAAAGCCCAUUGAGGUGCCGGCAAGCACCUGUACAGUUACCCAGUGGUGUUGUGUUAGACACAAUCCUUCUGACUGAAAGUGAAGGUGGUAAGCCAGAGGAGCAUGUUAGCUGUGUAUAGAGAUGCCACACAAGAAAGGGAUUGUUGAAGUGGAUUUGGUGCAAACUUUUUUAUCUCUUUAAAGAUAAAGACUAUCCCCACAACAAAUAUUCCAAAUGCAUAAUUGUGAAUCUGCUGUUGCUCUCAAUCUAAUUGACAAAUCAUUUAACGGCAGUGCUAACUGUAAACAGGACACAACACAGUUCCUUUCUGUUAAUAUUUGUUUACAUCAAAUAUGUCGUUUGAUUUUUCAAUUAUGACCAUUUGGGAAACACACAUUUCAUGUCAAGUCAAACUCCUCUGUUAUAUGUGAAUAUAUAGUGAAAUAUUCCUCACUGGGCCUUUAGGACAGAUCAUAUCAAUAAUGUGAAUUCUCGAAGAUAGAAAGACGUUUCAAAGCGUACCAGAAGAGAGUUUGAGUUUUCAAACGUUAUAAAUCUAAAAAAAACUUUGAGAUGACCUGUAACAGGUGAACUAAAAUAAAUAAAUAAAAAACAACAAAAAAAAAGCUGAAAAGUUCAGGCCACGAGGAUUGAAGACAUAAUGAUAACCUGGAAACGCUCUGUGAAUGGUGUCUAUGAUAUAUUUCUGUGCUGAUCCUUUCAACUUGGGCUUUCUGAAUGCUGUAAACCAUGUCAGACCAAAUGCUUAUAUUUUGGAAGACAACAGACAUAGAUUGCACUCAAAUCAUGUACUUGUAUUUGCUGGACCUUUGAAAAGCUCUAUUGUAUAUGUAUUGCAGCCUGAUGUUUUGACAUGUUACAGAGUUUCCAAAUAAAAGACUGUAUAUAUUAAAGAACAAAA